AUGAAUUCCUUUGGAAAAUAUGCAGGGGCCCAGCAUAGAACUCCAGAAUACUUUUAUACUGCUGGAAUCCACUUAGAUAUUUCCCGGAGAAACAGCCAAAAUCAGGAAAAAUUUGUUAAUGAAAUAGAAUAUUCAUAUUCUGCACCACCUCUUGAAAAUUUCAAAGAUAUUGAAUAUAUAUGUGGCUCUUUCGAAAAGCUCAUGAAUUCUUACACUGAAAAUUUACCAAAGCAAAUCAGAGUAAUUUUAUAUGGGGCAUGGAUAGAUCCAAACUUUGUAAAUGCUCGAAACAAUAAACUCAUAAAUCUUCAUCAUUUUACCGAAAUUGAAUUUGCAUUAAUUGUUGAAGUUGCCAAAAUCCUUAACGAUAAAAUUCCUGACACAGUAGCUGUCCUUCUGCUUAUGAUUAUGGGAAGAGAAGACAAACCGACUGUAGUGCCAAAAAUUUGGCCAGAGCACGUUAAAAGGAUGAAACCAUUGGAAGAGGAAAUUGUGAGUGACUGUGGACCAUAUAAUGUUACAUCUAAAAUUUUAUUAAAUUUACUCGAAUCUUUAAAUCCAAAUCGAUCUUUAGUAAUGUAUCGGAAAUUUGAAUUCAAAAAAGGAUGA